UACAGCUUUCCCACUGUCCCAGGUCUCAACAUCAACUUGAACAUUACCUGCGAUCUUGUAGUGAUCCACAAAAACUUUUGGCGUCCUAGCGCUGCGCUUUUAUUGUUUUCUAUCGAAGUUUCAGUGAAUAUAUGCUAUGGGUUUGAUACCGCCGGAAGUUCAGGACCUCAUCAUCCGUGACCUCGACCCUCAGGGACGAUCGCGUUACUCCUUGAUGAACAAGGAGAGUUAUCACACUGUAACCAACUUCAAUCAACGAGCCUUCCGGAUUGAACAAGUGCUCGCACCCUUUUUCGAUCAAACAGAAAUCGACGAGCUUCGUUUGCUUCAGUAUCGCACUGGGAUCCUUAUCUCUGGGUCUACUGCGUUGCAGUUUUUCGACCUUGUUGUGUAUCCAGACUCUGACCUUGACCUAUAUGUCGAACUAAGGCAUUGCCGACCCCUGGCAGAGUUUCUUGCAAGCGUCGGUUAUCAGUUUCAACCUACGCCACGACAGAGAUCCACAUUCGAUGGUGCUCUGGCAUUUACUCUUUCGCUCAAUUUUGCAGGAACGCAAAACUUGCACGAUGACGAAGAAGAUUUUCAGGGAUACGUGAACAAUGGUAUUGCAUCUGUGUACAACUUCAGCCGAGGUGGAAAACGAAUUCAAGUGAUCACCUCGCAUACAUGCUCGAUGGAUGUCAUACUGUCUUUCCACUCCACUUGUGUCAUGAAUAUCAUCACUUACUCUCAUGCGUACGCGCUUUAUCCUCGCGCUACAUUCCUGGAUCGUGUUUCCAUGACGAAUGCCUUGUUCUCUACCCAAGACCAUCGUCACGGGUUGGCCCGGGCAAAGUAUGCUGGACGAGGGUGGACCAUGAUAGAAAGGCCCUCCAUUGCGAUGUCUCUCCGCCGACGAUCAGAGUUCUGGUUUGGUGGACGAUCUGUUGGAGACUCCGCGUGCUGGAUAAUCCCGCUCUCUCCCAUCAAAAACAUUUCAGUUCCAAAUGUCGAUUUUGCGCGCAUUAAUUCCUGGUCCCACAACUUCGACGUGUCCAAAUCGCGUCUCGUGAGAUGCCCCAGGACGCAUGGCAAACUCAAAUAUGGUUAUUCCCUAUCCAAGUCCACGAAGACCCUGGAAAAGUUAUUUCAGUCGCUCGAUGACAUAGAAGCAUUCCGACGUAGUAAUCAAGCUAUCGAUGAAGACUCAGUCGACAGGGAAUGGGCUUUCUGGGUUCAUCAUUUUGUGGACAAAAACCUUAAGGCACCCGAAGAAGAUGCUCGCAUAGAUCAAAUUCGGGUUCAGCUUUUAGACGUCUACGCUAAUCAAAUACCAACAUUCGAAAAUCGAAAAGGCCUUAUAACUCCUCAUACGAUGACUGUGUCUACAUUGUUAGGAGAACUCGUCGAACUUGACAAAUUUUUCCUUCAACUGUUCCAUGAUAAUCCCACAUAUGAAUUCACGUUUAAACUUAGCGACUACACGAAUUACAUAUGGACCAAUGUCAAGGUGAUUCUCCCAGCUGAACACAAACUCAAACAGGGAGAUGAAGCAGUCACCUAUUGGGCCAAUAACAAAAUGAUUACGAACCUGAAAUUCUGCAAAGUUGGCCUUAUCAUUGACGGGUAUCCCGGUAAUCCUACAAAUUGUCUACGAGUUGCUGUUCCACCGCUCUUAUUCCAGAACUGAUGAAUUCCUCUACUCCAUAAGAACCUUGCCGUACGCUUUGCCAUAUGUAUGAUAGUGCUUCAGUAUCUGUAGAUGUUGAAAUGGACAAACAAAUGCGACGAUUUUAAGGAUAUGCAGUUGGAGAAAGCGAAUUAAACCGGCCGGUGCGAAAGCCGAAAGCGGUCAAUGAG